AUGGCUGAAGUCUUCAGAGUCGAAGAUCGUCGAGGCUGUGGUGAUUGGACGUGCAAUAUUCUAUGGAUACUGGUCGGUGGCUGGGCUUCUGCUGUAUUGUGGUUAGUCUUCGGUUGUGUAUUCUGUAUCACUAUAAUCGGCAUUCCUUGCGGUCUGCAGUGCUUCAAACUGGCGAAGCUAUCGUUCAUACCAUUCGGCUACCGAGUUGAAGAUAAAGGUGAUUCUGCCUGUUGUUCAUGCAACUGCCUUGGUAACUGCUUGUGGUUCAUUCCCGGUUUAAUUAUUGCCAUUUUCAAUAUACUUUCGGCAGUAGUCUGCUUUAUCACUAUAAUUGGUAUUCCAUUCGGAAUUCAGUUCUGCAAACUGGCAAGGCUAGCCUUCUCACCAUUCGGCCUCGAAGUUACUGCAGACAAGGUUGUUGCUGUAGGGAGAAUUUGA